AUGCAUGGGGGAGGGCUCCGGUUAAUGCAAGUUCUGGGCUCCUGCAGGGACCCCGACAACUGUCAGCAGCCACAGCAGCUCGGGCCCUCCUCCUCUGCGUCCUCAGCGAUGCUUUUCCACAGUCUUUCCGGCUCGGAGAUGCACGGGGUCAUCGACGAGAUGGAUCGGAGAACCAAAAGCGAAGCACCGGCCAUCAGCUCGGCUAUAGACAGGGGAGAGACGGAAACGCAGACCAUGCCUUCCAUCAGCAGUGACAGGGCUGCCCUGUGCGCCGGCUGCGGGGGUAAAAUCUCCGACCGUUAUUACCUCCUGGCUGUGGACAAACAGUGGCACAUGCGCUGCCUGAAGUGCUGUGAAUGUAAACUCAACCUGGAGUCCGAACUCACUUGCUUCAGCAAGGACGGCAGCAUCUACUGCAAGGAGGACUAUUACAGGAGGUUUUCGGUGCAGAGAUGUGCGAGAUGUCACCUGGGGAUUUCUGCCUCCGAGAUGGUCAUGAGGGCCAGGGAUUUGGUAUAUCACUUAAAUUGCUUCACUUGCACCACUUGCAACAAGAUGCUGACCACUGGCGAUCACUUUGGCAUGAAGGACAAUCUGGUGUACUGCCGCCUCCAUUUCGAGACUCUCAUCCAGGGGGAGUACCAGGUGCAUUUCAAUCACUCGGAUGUAGCCGCUGGGAAGGGCCCGGCUUUGGCAGCGGGCUCUGCCAACACUUUGGGACUGCCUUAUUACAAUGGCGUGGGGACUGUCCAGAAGGGGAGACCCAGGAAAAGAAAAAGCCCGGGGCCUGGAGCAGAUCUAGCAGCCUACAAUGCAGCUUUGAGUUGCAACGAAAACGAUGGUGACCACCUGGACAGAGACCAGCAAUACCCCAGCAAUCAAAAAACAAAGCGCAUGAGGACAUCCUUCAAACACCACCAGCUGCGGACAAUGAAGUCAUACUUUGCUAUUAACCACAAUCCUGAUGCCAAGGACUUGAAACAGCUAGCUCAGAAAACUGGCCUCACCAAAAGAGUUCUUCAGGUUUGGUUUCAAAAUGCUCGAGCCAAAUUCCGACGGAACCUCUUACGUCAAGAAAACACAGGGGUGGAUAAGACUUCAGACUCCACACUCCAAGCAGGGACCCCAUCAGGUCCUGCCUCAGAAAUCUCCAAUGCCUCCAUGAGUCCAUCCAGCACCCCCACCACUUUAACAGACUUGACUAAUCCCACUAUGCCAACUGUGACGUCGGUCUUGACAUCGGUGCCCGGAAGUCUUGAGGUUCACGAAUCUCGAAGUCCUUCACAGACGACUCUUACGAAUCUUUUCUGAUGACUCUUUCUUAAUAAUUUCUUUAAAAAAGAAAUUAUUCUUAGCUGAAAUUCCAAGUGUAUUUUAAUAGAGGCUUUGAGCAACUGACUAACCACAAUUAGGAUCUCUCCUAAAAAACAGAAGGAAAUGUAGUGUUCUGGUAUUACGGAGUAUGGACUGAAGAAUAACUUGGAAGAUCUAUUGCAACACAACAUUUGUGUAACUGUACAGUUUUGUGGACUGAGCAAGGGAAACAGCAAUUAAUUUAAGUUGGCUAAAGCUUCUGUAUUUUCAAAGACUGCCAUGUGCCUUAUAUACUGUUUUAUCUACAUUCUUUGGAUUCCAUGUCCACUUCUCUCUUUUUCUCUCUGUAUAUUUAUGACCAGGGCAAAAAUGUUAAAGAGUUUGUUACUUUGAAUAGUCCUAAGCCUUUCAUUGGUUCCUUUGUUGUUUUAGAAUUUUAAGGUCGAAGUCUGUUGGAAUACCAGAAUUUGUAAAAUCUAACCAGUAAUAAAACCACUUAUGGAAACUACUCGGUAACGGCUGCAGUUACGUCUAACAUUAGUGUCACAAUCGAGGUAGGCUGCCUGGAUCUAAAAGGGUUAGAAAAAUGCACUCCAAAGACAGUGUCUGCCUAGGAAAGCCCCUAAAUACGAUGUACACAUUCCUCUGGUUCCCAAAGUACGUAUGGGUGAGAAACCCAGCUUGUGCAACAGCCUAGGUGUC